CUGCACCCAGGGCUGCCUGAGGUCCCAGCUGGGCACCAUGGAGCCCUGGCUUGAGGUGGUGGUGGUGGCUGCCGGUUCCCCGGGGCUGGGCUCGGACAGGGAGGGGUGCUCCCCGGCUAGGAAGAGACCUCGCCGCUCCCCACCUCGGACAGAGACCCCCAUGGAGUGGGAGCCCCCGCAGCCAGCUGGUCGGGAUCCCCCCUCAUGGGGUACCCCCAGCUGGCCAUGCUCCAUUUCCCCUGGCCACUGGGCCACCGACCACUGGGACCCAGCUCACGAGUGGCCCAAGGAACCAGCUGGGCCAAGAAAGUUGGCAGAUGAAUCCGCACCAGCCUCAGGGGUCCCCCCCAGGCCAGCCCCACACAGCAGCCAGUCACAGCCAGCCGCACGCUCGGAUCCCGGGUCCUCUGCCCCCUGCCCUGGAACAGGCGACCUGGCCCGCCAGCAGCGAAAGAAGCCUGCUGUGUCGAAGAGCUGGAAAUCCAUGGGAAACAGAGGCCUUGCAGCCAUCGUCCCCCUGGUGCAGGGCAUCCUGUCGGCCUUCGCUUCGGGCCUGAGGCUGGCAAAGCUGCUGGAGCUCAUGAGGAACCAGCAUGGGGUCGACGUGGAGACGCUGUGCCAGGCUGCGAGCGCCGCGGACGUCCUGGGGCUGCUGGCCCAGGUGCCUGGGCUGCGGGUGUGCACCCCUGAGAGAGGCCCCCAGUGCCUUAUCCAGCUUGAGAGAGCGUCGGCAGAUGAAUCCGCACCAGCACCAGGGGGCCCCCUCAGUCCAGCCCCAUGCAGCAGCCAGUCACAGCCAGCCCCGCUCGGGUCCUCUGCCUCCUUCUGCCCUGAAAGGGGGGACCUGGCGCACCAGCGGCCGAAGAAGCCCGCUCGGUCGAAGAGAUGGAAAUCCAUGGGAGACAGAGGUGUGGCUGUCACCCUCGCCCCCUUUCUGCGGCAUGUCCUGCACCCUUUCCCCCUGGGCCUGGGGCUGCCCAAGCUGCUGGAGGCCGUGCGGCAGGACCACGACCUGGACCUGGUGGCGCUGAGCCGGGAAGCAGGGUACAAAGACGUGCUGCGGCUGCUGGGGCAGGUGCCCGGGAUCUGGCUACACAAGUCGUCGAGAGGCAGCGCAUACACCGUGCGCCUCCACGCAGCGUUGGCAGAUGAAUCCGCACUAGCCCCCGGGGGCACCCCCAGUCCAGCCCCAUGCAACAGCCAGUCACAGCCAGCCCCGCACUCGGAUCCUGGGUCCUCUGCCUCCUGCCACCCCGGAAGGGGGGAUCUGGUGCGCCAGCGGCCGAAGAAGCCUGCUCGGUCGAAGAGACGGAAAUCCAUGGGAGACAGAGGUGUGGCUGCCACCCUCGCCCCCUUUCUGUGGAAUAUCCUGCGCCCCUUCCCCCUGGGCCUGGGGCUGCCCAAGCUGCUGGAGGCCGUGCGGCGGGACCAGGACCUGGACCUGGUGGCGCUGAGCCGGGAAGCAGGGUACAAAGACGUGCUGAGGCUGCUGGGGCAGGUGCCCGGGAUCUGGCUACACAAGUCGUCGAGAGGCAGCGCGUACACCGUGCGCCUCCACGCAGGUGGGCUGGUGGGGGAGAUGUUUGCUCCUCUCCCUUCUACACCGAGUCUGUGACCCUCUGGAUCCACCCACCUGCUGUCGGCCCCCCCCCGGCUCAGGCUCCCAGCAAACUCAGGCAGGCGUCGGCUGCAGCUGUCUCGUGUUUCCCAGGAGUUGGUGGCGGCGUGUGUUACGCAGGAGGUCAGACCGGAUGAUCACCAUGAUCCCAUCGGCCCUGGGACCCUCGUUCCUCCUUCCCUGGAGGUGGGGCGUGAAGCUGGCUGGGUUUUCAUCAAAGGGGAUUUUGAUCCCCCUGCUCCCCGAAAACAAAAACAUUUAGGAAAACGCACGUGUCUGACUCGGCUGAAAUUCCUUCCAGGAGGAAGGAAAAACUUGGUGCUUUGAGAACAGAACCUUGAUUUUUCUUUCCCCCACCCCCCCAUAAAAAAAAUUCAUUGUUUUCUAUCCGCUUUUUCUGACGAGAGGUCAACCAAGGAACUCAGCGGCUGCCGGUUUUGCUCCAAACAUUUUUGACCUGAAAGGAAACUCUCAAAAGACGAGGGGCUGGUCCCUCAAAACACGUGGUUAUGAUAAAAAUCCAGACGCAGGAGGGUCAAGUUUUUACCCCCUCUCUUUUCGAAAAAGAAAAAACCCUUUUGUGUAAUUAAAAUAAUGUGAAAAAUGUUUCAGACCAGGUGCAACUUCAAACUCCUGCCAUUUCCUGUAAUAUGGAAAACC